ACUACAAUCCUGGAGAGAUAGAUUUGUUACUUGGUGUGCAUGUCUAUACAGACAUUUUAAUGAGUGGAGUCAUCAAGGGCAAACCAGGAUCACCGAUAGCGCAACAGACGUUAUUCGGAUGGAUAAUUUCGGGCGGAGCACCCGCCGAAGAGCACGGGAAGAAUGGAAGAAUUGUUAGCAUGCAUUUGAGUGUGAGUCUAGACAACAUGCUGCAAAGAUUUUGGGAAUCGGAGACGCUAGAUAAUGAGAGCAAAGACACUCUGACGCCUCAAGAGAAGAGAGCUGAAGAGAUUUAUGAGAAAACACUAGCGAGAGAUGAGGAUGGAAGAUUCAUUGUUGGACUACCAUUCGUACGAGAUACACCGAUUGUUCCCGAAAAUUCCCGUUCAAUUGCUGUCAAAAGACUUGAAUGUCUAGAGAGGAAGUUAGCACACAACAGCAAAUUGAAAACUGAGUACGAUAACGUGAUUAAAGAGUACCUUACGUUAAAACACAUGGAACCGGUAGGCAAGCCUGAAAAAGAUGAGAAAACAGUCUACCUUCCACAUCAUGCUGUGGUUCGCGAGGAUCGGGAGACCACGAAAGUUAGAGUAGUUUUUGACGCAUCCUGUAAAGGAUCUAAUGGAGUAUCUCUCAAUGACGAACUACUGGUUGGACCGACUCUGCUAGAAGAGCUAAGAGACGUUAUCAUGAGAUGGAGACAAAACAAGAUAUGUUUUGUGGCAGACAUUGUAAAGAUGUAUCGACAGAUCAAGGUUCGAGAAACAGACACUGACUACCAGAGAAUUCUGUACAGAUUCGAUCCAAAAGAAGAGAUUCAAGAUUUCAGAAUGCUUACAGUAACAUUUGGCACAGCAUCAGCACCAUAUUUGGCAAUAAGAACACUAAAACAGCUGGCCAAAGAAGAGAAAGACGCAUUCCCUAUAGCAUCUGAAAUUAUAGACAGAGACUUUUACAUGGACGAUGUACUUACAGGAUUCGAUGAUGUGAAGUCAGCAUUAGAAGCACACGAAGAGCUGAACAAAGUAAUGAGCAAAAGUGGAUUUGAGUUACAAAAGUGGGCUUCUAACAGCAGAGAAUUUAUGUCGGCCAUACAACCUGAAAAGAGAGAGAGUUCAAAUACAGUAGACAUGAAUAGAAAGAGCCAAAUAAAGACACUCGGAAUAAUUUGGAAUAUUGAUGAAGACAAACUCAAAGUUACACAAAAAGAAAUCAAUACUGAGAAACCUGUCACAAAGAGAAAUGUACUCGGACAGAUCGCUUCACUUUUCGAUCCGUUGGGUUGGUUAGCACCAGCAAUCAUGAAGGCAAAGAUGUUCAUGCAGAAGCUAUGGCUGGAAAAGCUAGAUUGGGAUGAGGAACUACCCACAGAUCUAAAAGAAGAAUGGAUCCAGUACCAAGAAGACUUACCUGCGUUAUCAGCGAUACAGAUUAAUCGUUGGACUGGUUCUAGUAAAAAUUCAGCGAUCGAGUUACAUGGAUUUUCUGACGCAUGCCAGACAGGAUAUGCAGCAGUCGUGUACCUCCGAGUUAUACCCAAAGAUGGAUCACCAUGUCAAGUGGCUCUAAUUACAGCAAAAACAAAAGUUGCACCAGUUGUUAAACCAUUGUCUUUGCCACGCCUUGAGCUAUGUGGAGCUUCUCUACUUAGCAAACUCAUGAAACACGUGAUGAGAGUUCUAAAUAUCGAGUUGCAACAAACCUACGCGUGGGUAGACUCCAAAGUGGUUUUAGCCUGGAUAAAAGGAGAUCCAAACAGAUGGACACCCUAUGUCAAAAAUCGAGUGAUUGACAUAAGGAGCAAUUUAGACACACACUGGUUAUAUGUCAAUACCAAGGAUAACCCAGCAGAUCCAGCUUCCAGAGGUCUGUCACCCAGCAAGCUGAAACAAAAUCAGUUAUGGUUCAAUGGUCCGGAAUUCUUACGAGAACCUGAUUUCACCAUACCCGUCGACUCCAUACCUGAAACAGAGUUAGAGAAACGCUUGUUAUUGAAAUGUAAGACAACAACCAUAGAAACAGACUCUGAAAAGCUUACCUUACUGAAGAAAUACUCGUCACUGCAAAAACUUCUGGACGUUAUUUCAUAUUGUAGAAGAUGGCUGAAGAUCCUGAAAAAAGAAAAGAAUGUUAGUAAACAUAUAACCUGUGAAGAAAGAGAUGAAGCACUUACCUUGUGUUUAAAGAUGUCCCAAGAGAUAGAAUUUCCUGAAGAGAUUGAUCACCUGAAAAGUAGAAAAGCUAUUAAGAAAAGCAGUCGUCUACUGCAAUUCACACCUUAUCUGGAUGAUAAAGGUAUUAUCAGAUUAGGAGGAAGACUGAAGCACGCAGAGUUGAGUAUGGAUCAGAAGCAUCCUGUUAUAAUAACUAAAAACAACGUAUUGUUACCUGUUUUGUUGGAUGAUGCUCACAAAAACACUCUUCAUGGAGGGCCGCAUCUCAUGACACCAUAUUUGAGAAGCAAACACUGGAUAAUUAAAGGAGGUUCUUCAAUAAGGCAGUUUUACAAGAAGUGUAUAACGUGUGCAAGAUACAAUGCGAAGACGAAUACUCAGUUGAUGGGCAACUUACCGGAAGUUCGAGUAAAACCUUCAGGCCCUUUCCUUAUCAGCGGUGUUGACUUUGCCGGUCCCAUCACAUGCAGAAUGAGUAAAGGUCGAGGAGCUAAGACAUACAAGGCAUAUAUUGCUUUAUUCGUGUGUAUGUCUACCAAAGCCAUACAUUUGGAACUAGUCAGCGAUAUGACCACAGAAGCGUUUAUCGCUGCCUUCAAAAGAUUUGUGUCUAGACGUGGUCAUUGCAAGGAACUCUGGAGUGAUCAUGGUACAACAUUCGUUGCAGCUGAAAAAGAAUUAUUGAAGAUGUGGCAACAAGGUCGCAACGAAAUCCCAGAAGACUUGCUCAAAAGUUUAGACGACAAAGGAACUCGCUGGAGAUAUAUUCCCCCUGGAGCACCAAACUUUGGAGGACUAUGGGAGGCAGGUGUAAAAUCAACGAAGUAUCAUCUGAAAAGAAUAAUGCAAGACGCAACCCUGACGUUCGAAGAAUUUUAUACGUUUGAUAAUACCCUGGCACUGAUGGAUUGA